AUGGAUUUCACCCCACCACCUAUCGUCGCAGAGAUGCAGGCGAUGAAGGAGCAAACGGAGGUCAUGAUGAAUGCCCUCAAGGGACGGGUAUCUUCUGAUCUUGACGAUUUGGUGAACAGAACUGACUCGCCAUUCACCGCCACCGUCAACUCCUACCCCCUACCGAAAGAGGACGCACGACGCCUUUACCAUCCGCAUGACGAUGCACUUGUCGUCAACUUGCGAGUAGAAGACUACAACAUGCACCGAGUAUUGGUCGACAAUGGCAGUUCAGCAGAUAUUCUAUACUACCCAGCGUUCCAGCAAAUGAGGAUCGACAGGGAACGAUUGGUUCCGACAAAUGCCCCGCUCGUCGGCUUCGGAGGGAGCCGGGUAUUCCCCCUGGGCGCGGUCACAUUGUCAGUAAUAGUAGGCGAUUACCUUCAGCAGAUAGUCAAGGAUGUGACAUUCUUGGUGGUCGAUUGCUCGUCUGCCUACAAUGCUAUCCUCAGACGACCUACGCUCAAUUCAUGA